AUGGAUUAAGCAAACGCAAUCCGAAUAAGGAAAAGUGUAUCAAAGGCAGAGCUUAAGAGUCGUCUGUAUGAUAAAGGCAUAUCAGUUCAGACCAUGCCAUCCGUUAAGAGGCCUAUUCCAGAAAACGUUAAACCUUAUGCGGCUAAACUAACUGCUAUUGGGAGACCCCCAAUGCAUGGAACAUAGUCCUCAUAAACUUUGAAACCAACAAAUCUAAUGGGUAGUAUAUAUCAAGGAAGCCUAUAGUUUGAAGAUAAUCAAACUUUAAACACAAAGCCAUCUAUUUAGCAAUUAGGAACAUUAACUAAGCAUGUGAAGUCGAUGUCAUCAGAGGCUUUCAUGAAAACUUAAGAUAGAUUUUUGAAAUCUUAGGCAGAUGAAGAUUUCUAAGGAUAAGAUGAUUAAAUGACAGUUGCUCAACUAUAAACAAUUGAUCAUUAGAAUUUCAGACCUGGAACCAGUACUGAUGGUACAGGCAAUGGCAGGGGCCUGAGUGCAAUAGCUAAAUCUAUUUCUAAUCCACAAUUCACAACUCUUAAUAUGGCUCCUUACUCAAGACCGUAAACACAAGCAUUUGGAUUUAGGGGUUAAGUUUUUCUAUAAGAUCCAACUAAAAAAGCAGUAAGAACAUCAGAAGAAGUUACUUCUAUCACUGGUAUUAAGACUAUGACUCCUCUUGGUCCUUCAGGUAUGGUAAGACCAAAGACCAGCACACAGGAUAUAAUGAAAAAAAGAGCAUAAUCUAAUAAAGCAUUAAAGCGAAAGAUUAUUGGAGGCAGAAGUGAAGCUGAAGAGAAAAGAAGGUAGGUUGUUGAUCAGAUUCGAGAGCAAGAUGAGGAAAUAAAAGUUAAGACUUUAAACGCAUCUCCUUCAAGAAAAGCAAACGAGAAAGUUGUUGCUGGUAUGUAGGAAUACACAGAUGAAAUUUUGAGGUCACAUUAUCUGAUGUAAAAAAUUAGAUAGAAAGAAUACAUCGGUCCUCAUAAAGAUAGUAUGGAGGCUUUUCCAGCCUUAAUGCAAGCAUAACUAGAGAAAUAAAGACCUCAAAGUACUCUAGAAAAUUAAAGGCAUCUUUAAUCUCCGAUAGAUCCGAGACAUAGGCCAAUGACUUAAGGAUAGGGAAGGUCUUUCAAAAAUUUGAAUAAUAUGACUUCUACAGCAAGUAGGGGAUUUUUAAACUAAGGUAGAAUGACUCAAGAUAAAAUUGAAGAAUAGCCAGAAGAUGAGCAAGGAGAGGAACUUCAUGAAACUAGAAACUAAUAGAAUAAAUAGUAACUUGAUUAAACCAAGUCAGAUUCAGGACCUCAAUCAAAUGCCAAAGCAAACGCGAUAAAGUAGCAAAUGGCAGCAAACAAGUGGAAUGACUUGGACAAACUUAUAACACUGUUGCAAAAUUAACCUGAUGAUGACGGAUAUUUCAUAUAUCUUAAGCCAAGCGAGAUCAAUGAUCCCUAUGAUUUAUAACCAUUAAUCGAAGCAGACUCCUCAGGCAAAGGGGCUAUUUCAGGAGCCAUCUCAAAGAAGAAUAGUAAUGCCUAGAAAUAAGAGAAAUUCUUUACAUUAUCUAAGAAGGGCAUUACAACUUACAUUAAUGACGAGCCAGUUGAGUACAUUUCUCUGACUGAUUGGCUAAUCGAAAGAAACUUCUACCAGCAGAUCAGUGAUAAAAGAUUCUUCAAGCAGUUUAGAAGGUGGAAAAUUAUUAGAAUGUGGAGAAGAAACAUACUGUAAAAGAAGAGGGAAGAAGUCAAGAACAAUCUCUCUGAGAAAUUGUUUAUGCUAGAUGACAUAUUUGGACCAAUUCUGAUAUUCCACAGAGAAAUAUGCAAAGAUAUGGAGCAGCAUAGAAUUAUUGACCUCAAUUAACCUGGCUAAGAAGUUUUGCAACUUGCAGAUUUUGCUUCGAAUUAAACAAAAUAAAGAGAACACAUUGUAACUAAGAUAGAGGAAGCUUCUGAGACUUGCAGAAACAAAUUUAGAUAAGGCAUUAACUAGGUACUAGAGGAUUUAAGAUAAAAGAUUAACGAUCAAAAUGAAGAUGAAGAAACACAAAAGAAGGACUAUAUAGGAGGGAGAGCUGGUGGAGAUGGAGCCAAGGAGAAAAAGAGUCUAAAUUCUGAUCCUGUGUUUGAACAACUUGGAUUUAAGCAUAAUCUUAAGUACGGGCCAAGAAGUAAACUCAGAAGAGCUUGUUCUAGAUUUUUGAGAUUCUCAUACUUACUUGAUUUUGUUGCUCUUGAGGCUCUUUCAAACAUAUACAUAGAAUCUGUCAAAGACACUUGCAGAAAGCUGAAAUUACUAGCAGAAAUGUAGCCUGAUUAUGAGUUGAGGCCUGCAAGGUCUGCCUUCGGUGAUUAACCAGUCCCAAAAAAGGCAGGGGGUAAUUCAUAGCUUGCGUUAUUUUCAGUGAAUGGAAUUUAUGAAGAAAAUGAAAUUGGUGAUGAGAACAUCACAAUUAUUAUGAUAGAUAAAUUCGACCCACCUCCCAUUGGAAGAUCCAAAGAAGAAGAUUUCGACCCAACUGUUCACCUAGAAUUAUAAGAAGAUCUAGAUGAGAAUGCUGAAGAAGAAGAAAUGAACCUUUUAGAUGAUGAUGACGCAUCCAGUAAGAUCGAGAGGAAAAAGGUGGUAAACCUGCAUAGAUUGUGGCUCACUAUUAAUCCUCAGAGAAGUGACUUCUCAAGUCUAUUAAAUGAGUGUUUCUAAGAAGGUCUAGAAUGUUUGAAGCACUUUGAAAGAUGGAGCAGACACGAAGACCUUCUUCCUUAUGUGAAAGUCUUAGAGUCCUGGGAUGACAAAGUUUGUGACGAGUGGGACCCUCCUGAUGAUAACAAUCUGAACUGCGAUGACUGGCUGCAAGAAAAUGAAUGGUUCAUGAACUAAUCCGAGUACAUAAAUAAGUAUCUCUCAGAUGCUUUUGAGAAUGUAAACCAAUUCUUCUCUCAACUAGAACCAUUCUUGCAAGCCGUUUGGGAAAACAAACAGCUAGGCGGCUUUGAAAUACUAGAGGAUGAGAAACUGAAAAAUCCAACUGAUGUGAUUCCACUUCUUUUGUAAAGAUUCAAUGAUCAAAAGACCAACUUCGAAAAUCUGAUACCUUAAAACAGAGAACUUGGCAUGAUUAGAAUUAAUCUGAUUGACAUCAAGAAUCAUUUAACCCCAUCACCAAAAGAUUGUUUCGCAAAACUUAGAAGAAUGCUUCCUAUAAUGGUAAAGAGAAGAGUUGAUAAUUACAAGCAAUGGCUAUUGAAGCAAAUCGAUUCAAUUUCAUUUUCACCAACAAAUGUUGAAACCUAUGUGAGAUAAAUAUAAAGCUUAGAAUUCAUUGAAAAGAACUACCAGGGGAUUGACCUGAACAUUUAAAUUUACAAUAUCUGCUGCACUUUUGAAAUUGAAAACAAGGAGGAGAAAAAUAAGAAAUUUGUGGACGAAGUUUACACAAUCAUGAAUAAUCUAAAUCAGGCUAUAGUUUAAGCAAAUGACACUGCAGACAAUAAGAAAGAGCAGAUGAAAACUAAAAUAGCAAAUAAAAUUCCAAAGCUUAAGAAGAAGUGCGAGGAUUUCCAUGAUGCAAUUACUUAGAAUAAAUUUAUCGACAUUAAAUCUAACAUUUAUGACACACUUUCAGACAUUGAUUAAUUAGAGAAGACCUGCAACUUACUAGUCGACAAAUCCAAGAAAGUAUAGGAGUUCUAGAAGACUCUGGAUAUGGAUGUGAGCGCAUUCGACUAUGUAGAUGACAUAAAAGGAAAGAUGGGGUACAGAGCGAGAAUGUGGCGUGCCCUUAGAGAAUGGCAGGAACUUAUUGAGAGUUGGAAAUCUUCACCUUUUGAAAAUAUUGAAGUUAGUGAGAUUACUGCAAAGGCAGAUGGAUAUACUAAGACUGUAAAUUAAUGUGAGAGAAAUCUUCCAGAGGGAUCAACAGCAGUUGCUAAACUAAAGAAACUAGUCUAUGAUUUCAGAGAGACUAUGCCUAUUGUGGAAGCUUUGGGAAAUAAAAAUCUCUAAAAUAUUCACUGGCAAGAAAUUAAAAAUUUACUUAAUAUUCCAGAUUUCCCACUGGAGGAUAGAUAGUUCAAUCUUGGUCAGCUCAUUUCUUUCAAUGUUGCAUAAUACCAAGAAGACAUCAUGAACAUCAGUAUCACAGCAACACAAGAAACUAAUUUAAGAAACCAACUUGAGGAAAUUAAAGAUAUUUGGAGCAAGACUGAUUUCAAAACUGCCAAGCAUAAGGAUAAAGAUGCUUUGAAACUUAUUGAGUUAGAGGACAUCUAAUAGAAGUUAGAUGAGUCUCUGACUAAUAUUAGCAAUAUUAUUGGAUCAAGAUAUGUUAAGAGGCUUCAAGCAGAGGCUGAGUAAAUGUAAGGCAAAUUAAAUCUAAUAUUUGAGACUCUUGAAGCAUGGAAGGAAUUCCAAAGAAAUUGGAUUUAUCUCGAGAACAUUUUUUCAUCUCCCGAUAUCAAAAGAAACAACUAAAAAGAUAGUGCAGAUUUCGAAAACAUAAAUAGAGGUUGGAUCAAGACGAUGAAAACUGUGGCUACUAAGCCGUCAGUUAUGCACUAAUGCACAGUUGGCAAUAAAUGCCUAGAAUUCACAAAGGCUAAUGAGCAGCUUGAAAAAAUUUAAAAGAACCUAGAAGCCUAUCUUGAGUCAAAGAGAGUAGUUUUCCCAAGAUUCUAUUUCCUCUCAAAUGAUGAAUUACUCUAAAUUCUAGCUAACGCCUAAGAUAUUUAAGCUGUUGUUAAGCAUAUUAACAAGUGUUUCGAUAAUAUCUCAAACCUCAUACUAAUUGAUAAUGGUGGAUCACAUGAUAUCUAGGGGAUUAAAUCUGGAGAAGGAGAAGAGGUUGAAUUCUAGAGAAUCAAAGUCAGAAACAGCGGAGUAGAGUAAUGGAUGAAAAACAUUGAGACAAAUAUGAAACAGAUAGUUAUGAAGAAGAUCAAGGACGCUCAUGCCAACUAUUAUUCAGUUGACAGAAAAGAGUGGGUGCUUGGCCAUAUCGGCUAGGCUAUAGCAACUGUUGCAUAAAUAACUUGGACUGAGUCUUGUGAAUUGGCCAUCAAUGAUUUGGAGGAUAACCCACUUGCAAUGCAAGAUAACUUAUUUGCCAACAGAUAGCAAUUGAGUUAGCUAACAGAGUUGAUUCGAGGAAGUCUCAGUUCAAUUAAGAGAAAGAUUCUAGUUGCACUCAUCACAACAGAUGUUCAUGCAAGAGAUAUUGUUGAAACCAUGGUAAAUGAGAAUGUGGAGAGUAUUAAUGACUUCAACUGGUAACAAUAGCUAAGAUAUUACCUUGAAGAAGGAGAUAAUGUAGUUAUCAGACAAGUUAAUGCUACUACCUUUUACGGAUGUGAGUAUAUGGGAGCAACAAGCAGAUUGGUUAUCACCCCUCUUACUGAUAGAUGCUGGAUUACUAUUACUGGAGCUAUGCAUAUUAAGCUUGGAGCUGCUCCAGCAGGUCCUGCAGGCACAGGUAAAACAGAAUCUACUAAGGAUCUAGCUAAAGCUCUCGGAAUCUAUUGCGUAGUGUUUAACUGCUCAGAAUAAAUAGAGUAUAAAAUGAUGGCAAGGUUAUUUUCUGGUUUGGCUUAAAGUGGAGCAUGGAGUUGCUUGGAUGAGUUCAAUAGAAUUGAUGUAGAAGUAUUAUCUGUUAUUGCCUAAUAACUCUUAGAUAUCAAAGAGGCAAAGGUCCAAAAUAAAACUCAAUUUGUGUUUAAUGGAACUUUAAUGGAUUUGCAAUAAAGCUGUGGUGUCUUCGUUACAAUGAAUCCAGGGUAUGCAGGAAGAACUGAAUUGCCAGAUAAUCUUAAAGUGCUUUUCAGGCCAGUAAGUAUGAUGAUACCCAACUAUGGGCUCAUUGCAGAAAUUAUGUUGUUCGCAGAAGGUUUCGAAAAUGCUAAAAACUUAUCAGUUAAGAUGGUCUAGCUAUAUAAACUAGCCUCUGAGUAGCUAUCUUAACAAGACCAUUAUGACUUCGGAAUGAGAGCAGUGAAAUCAGUGCUAGUCAUGGCUGGUUCACUAAAAAGAGAUAACCCUACUCUCUCAGAAGAUGUAGUACUAAUUAGGGCUAUGAGAGAUUCAAAUAUUCCAAAGUUCUUGGCUGAUGAUCUUCCAUUAUUUUCAGCUCUUAUUCAAGACUUAUUCCCAGGAAUUGAAAUCCCAGAGGCUAAUUUUGGAGAAUUGCAAGUUUAAAUUGAAAAAUCUCUAGAAAGAAUGAAGUUUCAGAAAGUGCCUUAAUUCAUCACAAAGAUUAUCCAACUCUUCGAUACAUUCAAUGUCAGAUUUGGAGUAAUGAUAGUAGGACCAACUGGUGCAGGCAAGACUACUUGCUACAAAGUAUUGGCAAAUGCAAUGACCUAAUUAAGAAAUGUCUUAAAGUCAAAUGAUGAGAGAUUCUAGGAGACUGUUUUCAAAAUCUUGAACCCUAAGUCAAUCUCAAUGGGAGAAUUAUAUGGUGAGGAGAACUCUGAUACUAAAGAAUGGACAGAUGGACUUGCGUCUAAGAUUAUUAGAGAGUUUGCUAAGGAUGAAUCAAAAAGAAGAAAUUGGUGUGUCUUCGAUGGCCCAGUUGAUGCACUCUGGAUCGAAAAUAUGAAUACUGUGCUUGAUGACAACAUGACUCUCUGUUUGGCUAAUGGUGAAAGAAUCAAGCUAAGAGCAUCAAUGAGAAUGCUUUUUGAGGUAUAGGAUUUGGCUGUUGCUAGUCCUGCAACAGUAUCUAGGUGUGGUAUGGUUUACAUGACCCCAAGUGAUUUAGGUUGGAAGCCAUAUAUGGAGUCUUGGAUGAACACAUAUAUUAGACAUCAUGAUUUGCUAGAUGAAGAAGGUAUAUAAUUCCUUUAGGAGCUAUUCCUACAAUACGUAGAGGAUGGCUUAAAUAAAAUCAAAGCGAUAAAAGAUGAAGAACCCAUGCCAACUGUUCCUGUACAAACAGUAACCUCUCUUUGUAACUUCCUAGAAUAUUUCAUUAAGAAUAAGCAGAGUGUGCCAAUGCAUGAUAAGAAAGAUGUUUGGACUAAGAAAAUCCUAUUUAGUUUUGGUUUUGCCUAUAUUUGGGCCUUUGGUGCAAGCUACAAGGCAUCUGUUUCAAGGUUCCUUGAUAAUAUGCUGAGAGAGUUCUUUGGCAGACUUCAAAUUCCUUAAGCUGAGACUGUAUUUGAAUAUUUCUUCCACGAGAAAGAUAUGAGAUACUAUCAUUGGAACAAGAUAGUACCUGCAUUCUAGUAUGAUGCCAAACUUCCAUUCUUCUCUUUACUCGUUCCAACUGUUGAUACUGUAAGAUACACAGCAUUACUUGAAAUGCUUGUAUCAAUUAAUAAACCUGUUUUCUUUACUGGCAACACGGGUGUUGGAAAAUCAAUUAUUCUUUCUAAGUACAUUUCUCUUAAUUAAGAGAAGCAGGGUCUUGCCCCUAUUAUGUUGAACUUUUCUGCUUAAACAAGCUCUAAUUCUACUUAAAAGACAAUAGAAUCAAAAUUAGAAAAGAAAAGAGGUAAGGAGGUAAUGGGUUCAAUAGGCACCUCAACUUGCGUGAUCUUCGUAGAUGAUGUCAAUAUGCCUACAGUAGAAAAAUAUGGAGCUUAACCACCCAUUGAAUUACUAAGAUAGCUAAUUGAACUUAGAGGAUUUUAUGAUAGACCCAGCUUCUAUUGGAAGACUAUUGAGAAGUUUAUUAUACUUUGUGCAGCUGCUCCACCAGGAGGUGGUAGAUCACCUCUGACUCCUAGAUUUAUGAGAUAUUUCCACAUUCUUAAUGUUCCUGACCCAUCGGAAGAUUCUAUGAGAGUUAUUUUUGAAAAUAUCAUUCGAGAGUUCUUAGUGGCUAAUCAUUUCUCUGACAGUGUGAGAAAGUGCGGUAGUAUUGCUGUGUCAGCAACCAUCGAUAUGUAUACUUAAAUUACCAAAGGUCUGUUGCCUAUUCCUGCUAAGUUCCAUUACACAUUCAAUUUGAGAGAUGUUGCUAAAGUGUUCCAAGGAAUGCUUAUGACAAAGACUACUUCUGUGGCAAACCCUGAUGUCUUUACCAGAUUAUGGAUCCAUGAGUGCAGCAGAGUAUUUAAUGAUAGACUUAUUAAUGAAGAAGAUAGAUAAUUCUUUAGAGAAUUGAUCGGCGAUUUGAUAAAGAGUAAAUUUAAAGUGAAUUGGAAGCCAGAAGAUAUUUUUGAGGGCAAAAACCAAAUUAUAUUCUCAAUGGUCUUGAGACUUGACUCAGAAGAUAAGCUUUAUGAAGAAAUUACAGAUAAAAAUAAGCUAUUCAAAAUGUUAGAAGAUAAAUUGAUGGACUACAACAUUUCUAUCCCAACAAAAAUGGACCUAGUAUUUUUUGAGGAUGCUAUUAAUCAUAUUUGCAGAAUAUCUAGAAUACUAAGACAGCCAAGAGGUAAUGCUAUGCUUAUUGGAGUAUCAGGUUGUGGUAAAUAAAGUCUAACUCGUCUUUGCUCUUUCAUGUUAGAGUAUAAAUGCUUUUAGAUUAAACUGUCAAAGAAUUACAAGCCAAUACAUUUUAGAGAGGACUUGAAAGUCUAAAUGCUAAAUUCUGGCUGUGAUGCUAUUCCUAAUACGUUCUUAAUGACCGAUAACCAAAUCAUGUAUGAAACCUUCCUUGAAGAUAUUAAUAACAUUCUUAAUACUGGAGAAAUUACAAAUUUGUAUUAAAAGGAAGACUUUGAGAGAAUGGCAUCAUCUCUUGAAAAGGUGCUAAUUCAAAUGAAGAGACCAACAACUAAGGACUAUAUUUAUCAGACCUUCAUAGAAAGAGUUAGAGAUAAUUUCCACAUUAUACUGUGCAUGUCGCCUGUAGGUGAUUAAUUGAGAAUCAGAUGCCGUAAAUUCCCAUCUCUUGUUAAUUGCUGUACUCUCGACUGGUUUGAUAAUUGGCCUGAAGAUGCUUUGCUAAAUGUGUCCAGGAAAUUCCUAUCAACUAUUGACGGUACAGAAGAAACUCUGAGAACAAAGUUAUCCGAGAUGUUUAUGAGAGUGCAUAAAAGUGUUGAAAAGAUGUCAGAUCGUUUCUAUGAUGAAUUGAGGAGAAAAGUUUACAUCACACCCAAGAGUUAUUUAGAUGGCAUUAACCUAUAUCUAUAAUAACUAACAGAAAAGAAGAAGGAAUUUAGAGAAAACAUCUACAGAUUAUCUAACGGAGUCCAGAAGCUUAAGACGACCAAUGAAUAAAUUGCUGGACUUUAAGUCAGUCUUGCUGUGUUGAUCCCUAAACUUGAAGAAGAAAAUAUUAAUGCUCAAGAGAAAGCAAAGUAAAUUAAAGAGAGUAAGGUGAUUGCGGGUGAAAAGGAAAUUGUUGUAGAAGAAGAAUCCGCUAUUGUGCAACUUGAGGCAUAACAGAUAGAUGCCUUAAGAAGAGAUAAUGAGGAGGAGUUAGCAAGGUGUAGGCCGGCAUUAGAAGAUGCUGAGCGAGCAGUUAAUGAACUAACAAAGGACAGUAUCACUGAGGUAAAAUCAUUCUCCAACCCUCCAGCAGUUGUCGUAUAAGUUCUAAGAGCAGUAUUCACCUUCCUUGGGCACAAUGUUAAGGCAGAUUAUGAAUGGAAUUGGGCUAAGACUAUUUUAUCUGAUAUUAAAUUCUUGGAUAAGCUCAAGACUUUUGAGAAGCAAAAAAUAUCACCACAAAUAUUGACUAAAAUUAAGGCACUACUUUACAAUGACAAGGAUCCGUUUAACCCUAUUGAAAUGGGAAAGAAAAGUUAAGUCGCAGGAGCUCUAGCAAAAUGGGCUAAAGCUACAUAUGAAUAUGCUGAAGCAUGGAAAACUGUUUAUCCAAGAGAAAUGAGAUAGAGGGAACUAAUGGAAAAACUUAGAAUCGCAGAAGCUGAUGUUGCUGUAAAGAAAAAUGAAUUAGCGAGAAUUCAAGCUGACAUCUUAAAUCUGGAAGAAACUUUUGCCAAGAUUCAAGCAUAUAUAGAAUAGCUAAACAAUGAUAAGGUCACUUGUGAAAGGAGGUUGAUUAAUGCAGGCAAAUUAAUUGGACUUCUUGGAGACGAAGGUGAAAGAUGGUUGGUUACUGUUGAUGAACUUUAGAAAGAAAGUGAACAACUUAUUGAACAAUGGACGCACCUUUGUUCAGAAUUUAAGAUUCCAUCUUCAGAUAAAUACUCUCUAGUCUAUACUCUUGGUAGUCCUGUUGAGAUCAGAAACUGGAAUAUUUGCAGCUUGCCAUCAGAUUCCGUCUCAAUUGAUAAUGGUAUUCUUUCAACUAAGACUCAAAGAUGGCCUCUUAUGAUAGAUCCUUAAACUCAGGCAAAUACUUGGAUAAAGAAAAUGCACAGAGAAACUGGACUUAAAGUCAUUAAGCUUAGUGAUGGUAACUCCUACUAAAAGGAAAUGGAAUAAGCUAUAGUCCAUGGCUAUACCGUCUUGAUUGAGGAUGUUGGUGAAGAGCUUGAUCCAGGUCUUGAUUCUGUACUCACCAAGUCUAUUUACAAGGAUGAGGGACUUGAAAAAAUAAACUUUGGAGAUAAGCCAUUAAUUUAUGAUAGAAGAUUCAGAUUAUUUAUUACUACCAAACUGCCUAACCCUCAUUAUCUACCAGAAAUCUGUAUCAAGCUUACUGUUAUAAACUUCACUGUCACAUUUGCUGGUCUUGAAGAGCAGCUUAGAGCUGAUGUUGUUAUUAAUGAAGCACCAGAAGUUGAAGAAAAGAGAGAUAAGUUGGUCAUGGAAAUAGCCAAUAGUAAGAAUGAGAUUAAGAGACUUGAAAAUAAAAUUUUGAAGGAUUUAGCUGAAAGCAACCAAGAUACUAUCCUCGAUAACUAAGAUCUAAUAGAUACUUUAGAGAUUUCAAAAACUAAGAGUAAGAUCAUAGCAGAAAGUCUGAUUGAAGCAGAAUUAGUAGAAGUUCAAAUUAAUGAAACCCGUAACUCAUAUAUUGAUGUAUCCGUAAGAGGUAGUAUCCUCUAUUUCGUCAUAAGUGAUCUUGCAGCAAUCGAUCCAAUGUAUCAAAACUCAUUAGUUUAUGUCAAGAAACUCUUCAAUGAUGCUAUUGUGCAAACACCGUCAUGCGAAAAACUUGAGGAUAGAAUAGAAGCUUUGAAGAAUAGUAUUACAAAAAUGCUCUAUGUUAAUAUUUGCAGAGGUCUAUUCGAAGCCCAUAAACUGAUAUAUUCAUUCUUAAUAUGUACAUCAAUUAAGAGGUAAGCUAAAUAGAUCAAUGAAAUCAGUUGGAAUUACUUACUCAGAGGUGCAGGUUUGUUUAACAAAUCUGAUUAGCCAUUAAGACCAGAUGGUUCAAAUCACUUCAUUACUGAAACUUGCUGGGACAUAGCAUAUUGUCUUUAGUAAAAUGUACCUGAUCCUUUCAAAGGACUUUGUGAUAAUGUUAAAAAUCACGUUGAGGCUUGGGAAAAUUACGUGCUUAAUGAGGAAGAGUUUUAUCUUGAAAAUAUGCCAUGCAAUUACAGCAAUUCACUCUCGGCUUUCGAUAAGUUACUGAUACUCAAAAUCUUUAAGCCAGAAAAACUUAUGUUUGCAUUUUAAAAGUAUGUUGAAAUCGAGCUUGGCAAGUUAUAUUCUGAGAGUCCAAUUGCAACAAUGGAUGCUUUGUUUGCUGAUUCUGAUAAGAAAACACCUAUAAUUUUUGUACUAAGUUAAGGUGCUGAUCCUACUUGGGAGGUCAUCCAAUUCGCUCACAAAAGUAAUUACUAUGAGAGAUUUUUAUAUAAAUCCCUUGGUCAAGGGCAAGAAUUACAAGCUUAAGAUAUGAUUGAUAGAGGUAAAAGAGAAGGUUACUGGGUCCUCCUUUAAAAUUGCCAUUUGUUUAAAUCUUGGAUGCCAAGUCUUGAAGUUAUCUGCGAGAAGUUCAGAGAUGAGGAAAAGCAAAUCCACGAAGAUUUUAGGCUUAUCAUGACAUCAAUGCCAGCAGAUUACUUCCCAGCAGCUAUUCUCUAAAAUGGCUUAAAGAUGACUACUGAACCGCCAAGAGGAAUUAAAGCCAACUUGAAGAGAUCUUACAAUAACUUGAUAACAGAGGAGUUAUAUGAGUCUUGCAUUUCUACUAAUUCUUAAAAAGGAAUAGACAACUAGACUCCUUGGAAGAGAUUGCUAUUUGGACUCUGCUUUUUCCAUUCUAAUGUGCAAGAGAGAAGAAAGUUUGGUCCUCUUGGCUGGAACAUCCGUUACGAAUUUAAUGACUCCGAUCUAGUCACAUCUGUCACUAUGUUAAAGAACUUUUUGAUCGAUUCAGAGGAAAUACCUUGGGAUGCAAUGAAGUUUAUGACAGGCCAAAUUAACUAUGGAGGAAGAGUCACUGAUGACUGGGACAGAGUCUUACUGCUUAAUAUCUUGUAGCGAUAUUACACUGAUGACAUUUUGACAGAGGGUUUCACAUUGUCCUCAUCAGGAAUCUAUUAUGUUCCAACUCAUAGUAAACUCGAGGAGAUCCAGCAAUAUAUCGAGACGCUACCCUCAACUGAAGAACCAGAGGUGUUCGGAAUGCACUAGAAUGCCAAUAUUGCAUUCUAAUAAUAAGAAAGUGAAAAGAUUCUGACUACAAUUCUGAAUGUGUAGCCAAGAGUGGUUACUACUUCCGGCGGUAAAAGCAGUGACGAUGUCAUUUUUGAGCAAGCAGAGGAAUUAGAAGCUAAUCUACCUCAGCUCAUAGAUAGAGAUGAUCAUGCCAAAGAUAUCUUUAAACCAAAUAACAAGGGUCUGCUCCAUUGCUUAAGUACAGUUUUGCUUUAAGAAGUUGAAAGGUACAACAGACUAUUGAAUAAGAUGGCUUCAAGUCUAUCAUCGCUAAUGAAAGCGAUCAAAGGUCUUGUUAUCAUGAGUCCCGAGCUUGAUCUUAUGUAUACAGCCCUGAUGAAAAACUAAGUGCCUCCUAACUGGUCUGAAAUGGCUUAUCCAUCUUUGAAGUCCUUGGCUUCUUGGAUCAAAGAUUUGAAUUUGAGAGUGGAAUUCAUGAGAAGCUGGAUGAAGCACGGUCAUCCUAAUUGCUAUUGGCUUUCUGGAUUUUUCUUCCCUCACGGUUUUAUGACUGGAACAUUGCAAACCUAUGCCAGAAAGCAUCUCAAAGCUAUUGACUUGCUCUAGUUCAAGUUUAAAGUCUUGCAACAAACUCAACCCGAGGAGAUAACAAAGGGUCCAGAUGAUGGUAUUUACGUCUAUGGAUUGUUUAUAGAAGGCGCAAGAUGGUCAUUUGAUAGAUAAUGUCUUGAGGAGUAGUUACCUGGAGAGAUGAACUCUGUUAUGCCGAUCAUUCAUUUCCUGCCGAAAGAACUAGCCAAGAGUGAUCAACCCAAGAAGAAUGUUUCUGAUAUCGAGGAGAACGAUUAUAAGUGCCCAGUUUAUAAGACCUCUGUAAGAGCUGGAGUGCUAUCAACUACUGGUCAAUCCACUAACUUCAUCUUAGCCAUUGAUGUGCCUUGCUCAGAGAACGAAUCUCCUGAGCAUUGGACUCUAAGAGGUACUGCCUUGCUAUCUAUGCUAAAUGAUUGA